UGGUGGUGGUCUGCCAUUCGUCUUCUCCUCACCCGCCAGUCCACAGUGGAGAAAACGGAAUUGUCCUUCUCGGUUAAAUUUAAUUUACAGUUAAUCUUUCUGUCCGAGUCGCCAAUUGAAGUUUCAGCAGUUUACUAUUCGUUGUUAAUUACUCGGUGUGGAAAGAGGUAAAAAAAUGGAUCGUGGCAAGUCUGACGAGCAGGGGAUGGCGACAACGUCCUCCAGGAGACGAUCGGACAGGAAGAAACGUUCCCAGAACGAUGAGAAUGACGAAAAUAAACAGGGUGGCGGAGAUAAGGCAGCAGAAAAGGGAAAACUUGGACGGAAGGAAACUCCUGCCAAGUUGACGGGAUUUGAUCGUGGUCUCGCUCCCGAUAAGAUCAUUGGAGCGACGGACUCGAGCGGAGAGUUGAAAUUUCUCAUGAAAUGGGAGGGAUCGGAUGAAGCGGAUCUGGUUCCGGCACGAAUCGCCAACACCAAGUGUCCUCAGGUCGUGAUCACCUUUAGGACAACUCGCUUGGCACAUGGCGCAGAACGAGAAGAAGAAAGAAAUUCCAGAGUAAAAAAAUUCAGUCUGCACGUUUAAAAAUGGACUCGAAUCUCUUAAAAAUACACCAAAAUCUCUUUAAAAUACUCUUAAAACUCUUUAAAAUGUAAUGUUUCCCUUUUGAAAAGUAAAUGCAAAAAGUAAAUUGUUGUCAAGUAUUGC